AUGCCGCCGCCCCCAAGUCCCUGUCCGUCGUCGUCCAUGCGCGACGACGACGCGCUCGUGCUCGAGCGCCAGCGCACGGCCGCCCUGGAGCUCGAAGUCAAGAUGCUGCGCGCGUCGCUCGUGGCGCUGGGCGAGUCCACAGAGGCCGAGGAGGAGCGCCUGACGAACCGCCUGAUGCAGCGCCUGCAGGCCGUGAAGCGCGAGAAGGAGACGCUGGCGCUCGAAGUCGAGCGCGAAGAAGAGCUCUUGACGAACAAUCUGCAGAAGAAGCUCAACCAGCUGCGCAAGGAGAAGGUCGACCUCGAGAACAAGCUCGAGCACGAGCAGGAGUACAUUGUGAACCGCCUCUCGAAGCAGCUCGACACGGCGCGCAGCGAGAAGGAGCGGCUGCUCGAGGAGCUGCAGCACGAGAACAACAGCGUGCGCCGCGCGCUCGAGUCGCAGGUGGCGAAGAUUCUGCACGAAAAGGUGCACCUCGAGAACGAGCUCGAGCAGGAGCAGGAGUUCCUCGUGAACCGCCUGCAGAAACAGCUCGCGGGGCUGCAGUGCGAACGCCGCCGCAUGGAGCGGAAGCUCGCCAAGGACAAUGUCGUGCUGCUGGACGAGCUCCAGCGCCAGGUGGACGCGCUCCGAAGCGAGUGUCGAGACAAUGGCAAUGCGUUCGCGGACGGCGUGGCCGCGCUGCUUGCCAAGGUGCGGGCGCAGCAGGCCAAGAAGGCCGCCGAGGACGUCAAGAGCGCGAAGGACGACAUUCGCGUCCACGCGCGGGCAGCGACGGCGGGGUCGCUGGACCCCAAGUCGCAGGUGACGCCCGAUGGGCUCUUGUACCAGCACAUUCGCCGUGGAACCAUGUGA